AGGGAACUUCCCGGAGUCAAUGGCAUAACUGGGACUUGUAAAUGCUGCUGGCGCACCCUACUUGUAAUUAUGGUAGAUCAAAAGUCAAUGGCGGCCUAACCAAUAUGCACGACGUAUUCGUUCGCCAGCUCAGGCGCUUGAGCUGAGGCGCGACGCGCUUAUCUUAUCGCCAACGUCGAAAGCACCGUUCUCUGGGCUCGAAACUUCUUUUGCGACAAUACACUCCCCCCAGACACCCCAGAUCAUGGCUUCACGACUAAAAACGCCCUUGAGGCGCCUGUGGCAGCCCCUUCAAAGCCAAACCAUCCGGCUCCCCAAAGGCACCAUCCUCCAGGCAGCCCGACCGUUCACAACCACCCCAGCUGUCUACAAAAAACGAAAGAUCGCGGCACCUGCCAACUCCCCUGUUCGCAAAGACGAGCCGACAUCCUCCUCGAAAGAUGGCGCGGCCUCGGGCGCCGCCGACGAGAUCGACCCUCUCGACUUCACACCACUGACGUCCACCUUCCCAGGCAUCGACGCGCACUUCAAGACCCAGCUCCAGGUUCUCCUCCACGGCGGCCGCUUCAAUCCAGACCAGCUCGGCACUCUCAACGUCACCGUCAAGUCCGUCGUCCCCGCGGACGACAUGUCCGGCACCAAGGUCACAAAGGUCGAGGAUUUCCCCCUGCGCGAGCUCUGCCAGGUCGUCCCCCGCGGCCGCACGCUCUCCCUCCUCGUCAACGAUAAAGAGUACAUCAAGCCGAUCCUGUCCGCCAUCCAGGCGAGCCCGGACUUUAACCAGCAGCCCCAGCGGUCGGACGAGAACGACCUCGAGCUCAUCCUCAAGGUCGAGAUGGAGCGCAAGGAGGACGUCAUCAAGCGGGUCAAGGACCUGACCCAGACCUGGCGCGAGCGCAUCCGCCACGCCCGCGGCAAGCACGAGAAGCUCAUGAAGGAGUGGAAACGCAAGGGGGCCAUCCGCGCCGACGAGCUGCGCAAGGCGGAGAAUGAGCUGCAAAAGGUGCAGAACAAGAAGAUGAAGGAGAUUGACGACGACGAAGCCAGGGCGGUCAAGCAGUUGGGGCGGAAUUAAGAGGUCAUGGGAGAGAAGGAGAAGAACAAGGACAAUUGUAAUAUUACACCCAAAUGUACAGAACCAUGGUCUACGUACUACAAGAACACCCGUCGCCCACAUCGUCAUGAUCAUGCCUUUUUGGGCUGCUGCUGCUGCUGCUGCUGCUUGGCGCCGCCUUUUGGCUUUGCCCUAUCUAGCAGCGAGGCGACCUUUGCCUGA